CUGUGCAUACGGGCCGGGGUGAUGGGUGCGAUUGUGCGAAUGAUUGCUUAGUCGCAGAAACUCCAUCAGCCCAUAUUGUUGAAUCUUUAUAGCAAUUCUUUAGCCGCAGACCUUCCUUUGUCCUUACCCGCCGCCGACGACUCAUUACAGGUUCAAUCCCCUCCAUCUUUAAUCUCUGGUUAUGUAUUUUGCGAAUGAUUUGUUGAACAUGCUCGCAGGUAGAGUCAAGAUGAGCAAAGGGAUGGGCGUUGUCAAGGGAGGGAAGAAGAAGGGAGCAGCUUUCGUGAUCGACUGCUCCAAGCCAGUCGAAGACAAGAUCAUGGACAUUGCCUCACUGGAGAAGUUCCUCCAGGAGCGCAUCAAGGUUGGCGGAAAGGCCGGAGCUCUCGGCGACUCCGUCACCGUCACUCGCGAGAAGACCAAGAUCACCGUCACAUGCGAUUCCAAUUUUUCCAAGAGGUAUUUGAAAUAUUUGACAAAGAAGUACCUAAAGAAGAACAAUGUGCGUGACUGGCUCCGUGUAAUUUCUUCAAACAAGGAUAAAAAUGUCUAUGAGCUGAGGUACUUCAACAUUGCUGAGAAUGAAGCUGAGGAUGAAGAUUAAGUGCGUUAAUAAUCUUUACCUUCUUCCUUACCUUAUGGAUUUUGAACCUUGUAGUUUUGGACGCCUUGAUUUUGUUAUUAUUGUAGUACUUGUAUUUGAACAUCUUUCAUAGUUUCACAAUUACCCAUUUGUGUUUUAACAGGUUUCACUUGGACGCAAUGUUUUAUAUAUGUCUAAUAUUAAUUAACCGAUAAUUCUAUUACGGAGUUCUUUUUUUUUA